UUGCCUUAUACAUAAAAAGUUUACAUGAGAAACUUGAAGGAUUUCAAGAUGAAAAUAACGGCCUAAAUCAAUCACGCGCGAUUUGGAGUGUAGAGAAGGAAAUACUUCUCAAUAAAGUCGGUUGCUUAAAUGGAGAAAGGGAAUUACUUUUUAAUGAAGUGAAUCGUUUAAAUGAAGAAAGGGAAAUACUUUUUAAUGAAGUGAAUCGUUUAAAUG